AUGACAACCGUGAAGAGCAGUUCGGCGGACACGAAUCCGGCCGAUAAUAGCAAAUCGCCCCUCUCAUCAUCUUCCUCUUCUUCGUCGUCUUCGGAUUCCGACGAUGGGUCGGACUCGUCCAGCGAUUCCGAUUCCUCCUCGGCAUCCACGAGCAAAACGAGCAGCAAGAAGAGUAGUAGUGGAGCCCCACCACCCGAGAAGCCGCAGCAGUUUAGUGUUAUGAGUUCCGAUAGUGCCGGACUUCGAAUGAAGAUAGCCAUUCCUCGAAGCCAAUCCAAUGCCACACCAACGCCUUCCCCGACGAUCGGAGGGUCUCCCGUGCAAGGUAGCCAUCAGCAAACGUGUCAACAGCCACGGGUACCAUCGCCGGCGGAUGUCCAAACUCAGCAGAAUGUCGGAGAUGGUGGCGGCAAAACAAGUAGCGCGUUACCGCCAAUGCAAGGUGGACCGUCAGCUUCGGGCUCCGUAGGUGGUGCGGGAACUAUUUGUGAUGGAAAGAGUGCCAUGAUGGAGUCGGCGGUAGGCCGGGCAGCAACCGUGAACACCGUUGACUCGCACCAUCACCAUCAUCAUCAUCAUCAUCGUCACUCGACGAAUGCCAAGGUUGCUGAUGGAAGAAAGUUGGGAACCGAGAGUCGAACGCAUUCUGCCAAAAUGAGGAAACGAUCACCGGCCAGUGGCAUCGUGGCUUCGUCCGGUCGACAGAAAAAGAACGUCAGUGAAAGUGAUUCGAGUUCGCCCAGUUCGUCCUAUUCCUCCUGCACAAGCAACAGCGACAGUGACUCUAGCAGUACUGCGGGCGAUCAGCAACAAGGUAGUAAAAAGUCAGCUGGUAGAGGUCUCACCAGUGCAGCAGCAAGAACGAUGAUGGGCACGACAAGAAGCGGUGGAACGGCUGCCAAGAAGCAAAAGAUGCUGAAACGGAAGAAGACGAAUCUGACCGUGUCCUCGAGCAGCAGCGACGAGGAUGACGAGAAACCGGCACCGAGUUGCGGCAGCAGUAGCAGGGGAGCCCGGAGUCGCACGAACGAUUCAACCGACACGGAUUCCAGCUCGUCGGAACCGGUCACAAAAGCGUAUACCCUGCAGCACCCUUCGAAGGGUGCCAAAAAGAUGAUCAGCGUCCCUGGCGCGUUCGGUGGCGAUUUUGGAGCAUGCGGAAAAGAUGGUCUUCUAACGGGUGAUACCGGUAUGCUGAUCAGGCCACCACUAUCGACGUCCACGCCGGCCAAAUCGUGUCUCAAUUCGUCGGCAAACACCACCGCCACGACGUUACUCGGUGGGACAUCCGUCAGUGCAGACGACGGUCUGACGGGUGACGCCGAAGGAGGGUUUGGUUCGAGCGACAACGAACUUCCGGCACUGGUUAGUGCCGCUAUCCGGCGUGUGGAGAGUGGUUCCGAUGCGGAAAGUAUCCGCGGACUGUCCGGGGGCCCGACUCAGCAGUACACUUCGAGCUUGUUGCGCGAUUUUGUGGUCAAAACGCAAAUGUUGGGCUCGGUUGGCAGCACGGUGGUGGGAGCCAGCUCUACGGGAGGAGCGUUAGGGGCUACGGUCAGUGGACCCGCCAGUGGUGGCCGAUCUUCUCCGUGUUCCUCUUCAUCGUCCUCCUCGUCGUCAUCGGGUGGCUCAUCCUCGUCCACGUCGUCCGCGUCGUCGGUGGAUGAAGCGGCCGAUCCAGCAAUAGGAAGUGCCGGUCCCGGCCCGGGCGGAGGCCUUGAGUUGGAGGUGCGUAAAAUAAAGACCGAAUCACCCGCUCCUUCGAUGGGAUCUGGUGGUGGUCGAAGUACGCCCCUCACGAAUGGUGGCCUGCUGACGAAGGUGGACCAGCGAGCGUCACCAAUCGUGGCACCGAUCACCGCACCAUCCCCACCGACCAUCGUGCGACGCCGUGGUCGUCCUCCGAAAUCCAGCCUGGCUGCUGUGCCGAAAGUCCUUCCUUGCGUUGUCAGUGAGUCGCCCGACUCGGGCAUCCUUUCGACGCACAGUUCGAGCGGGUCUCCGAAGACGGAGAAGACGAAGCUGGUACCCGCAGGGGUGGUUCCGGCUAGUUCGUCCCGUCGCAACAAAGCCGAAACACGUGAUGCUUCGAUCGUUCCAGGAGGAUCUUCCGGGGCCACAGGAGUGGCGGCGGCUCCCUCUUACGUUGGAACUGCACCAGCGAUACUAUCUUCGGUAGGAGCUUCCGGAAGUGGCCGCAAUGUCCACAGUAUCAACAGCAACAGCAGUAGCACGUCUUAUUCGCUUACAUCUUGCCUCGAUCGUAACACGUACGCCACCGAACGGGUCCUGUAUCCUCCUCGGUCGGCCAAAAAGCGUGGCGUUGGGCGGCCCCCGAAAGCGAAGGAUCCGGCGCAACGGGCAACCGGUGGGGGCGCCACGGCAACCGACGAUCAUCUCGAUCCUCACUGGCAGAAGAUCGAUAUUAGUAAAAAGUUCCACGAACCACGGCUCAGUGGUUACAAGAGCGACGGUGGCCAUUCGACGAUUUGCUGCAGCAAACGGCUCGCAUCGCAGAGCGGAUACAUUAGCGAUUACGGUGGCGUGGCAACGGGUGGUGGCGGUGGUGGCCGGAGCCGACUGUCCGGUUACAAGUCCGAUUACAGUUCACGAUCGAGGCGCAGCUGUCGGGCCGGUGGCGGUGGCUACCGGAGUGACUACGGGCGAGCACGGAGCUGUGGGUAUCGCAGUGACUGUAGCACGCGCCAUCGGAAGCAAGUGCGCCGGAAACGGCGCAAGAAGAUCGCAACCGAUCCGCAGCACCCGCAGCAGCAGCAUCACAAUAAUAAUGUGAACGAUCGCAAGAACAAUAAUGCCGGCGGCGGGGCGAUCGCUGGCGGGAGCAAGUCAUCGAGCGUUAGCGAACUGGACAUUAUGCUGCUUGCGGGUCUGACGCUCGGGAGUACGAGCGACGAGGACAGCUCCAGCACCAGUAGCAGCACGAGCACCAGUAGCAACCCGUGCGGUGCCGACAGCCGAGAAUCGCUUUGUUCCGAUCCCGUCAGCGACGAAGUGGCGACCGGCAAGAAAGCCGAGCAAGCCGAUGGAAGGCGUCAAAGGGUGACAAACGCGGCGGCCAACAAACGGAGUGCCAGUGCGGUGGCCUCGAAGCAACCAACACAGCCGGUGCAGGCUCCGAAAAGUGUGCCACGGAAAGCGGCGCAACCCGGACCGGGUCGUGGAAGAAAAGCGGCCCCAGCAGAGAGUGAGGAAGAGGACGAAGUGCGGCGAGUUUCGGACCGAAGGUUUAGGUCGAAACCGAUGGCGGUCACGGCAACGAAACCGAAACCACCGGUUGCUGCUCCUCCGGUGCCUUCGGUAGCCGCCACGGCUUCGGCAGCUUUGAAACUCAAAUCGUCCGCCAGCGGCCCGCUUGCUGGUGCAGUAAUCGUCGGUGGUGUCGUUCGAAGACCGGGACAGCGGGGACGACCACCGUCGGUCAAGAAGCUGCAGAUGAAAGCGGCAGCAGAAGCGGCUGCGGCGGCCGCAAAAAGUGCAACCGGAUUGGGACAGCUGUUGGCCCCGAAAUGUCACGCCACCAAGCCACUGGUGCCGGUCAACAAUUUCGCCGCCGUCUUCAGCUCGAUGGUGAGCGGCAAACCGCCGGCGGCCACUGGCGGAACUUCCGACGGAAUCUACAGCUUCAGCAGCUCGACGGUGGGGUCAAAGAAUGCAUUUGCCGCGUACCUACUGCGGGGCAACGAAGACGAAAGUACCACCGAGGCGGAAACGGCGAGCGGCAACGGAAAGGUGGUCAAGAAGCUGCCCCUCUCGAGGGCGAACGUUAUAAAAAACUCGGAGGAAUGCAGCCGGCGGUUCCAGAAGUCCAACACGUCCACGUUUGCCGGCGGUCUCGUGGGUUCAAUCGAUCUGCUGGCCCGGAUCGCCGACGGCACGAUACCGAAGGCAGCGACUACGAAAUCGGUCUGCUCGAAGCGAAGCCGUCGGAAGAGCAUCAGCGAUCGGUUGGAGGUGAUGUCGGUGAAAAGCCACGGUGUGAUCGGUGCCAGUGCCGGUGGCAAGAUCCGGCAGCGAAGGUUGAGUACGAUGAGCCGAUGCAGUAGCCGAUCGGCCGGAUCGAAGCACCCGACCGCCACUCGCCGACGGAGAAAGAAGCGUUUGCGAUCAAACUCGGUCGCUCCGGGUGCAACGAGUGCUAGCGUCGGCGGCGCAAUGGCCACCGGUUUGAAAGACGCCAGCACUUUGGGUGAAGUUACAAGCACGGAAGCGAAGAUCAACCUGGAGGUGGAACGGCUGAGCGAAAGCUUCGGUGUACUUUGCCGUAUCGAUACUGCCACCGGUGACGGACCGUCCCGGGCAGUCGAAGCAAGUGUCCCACAGGAAAGCGCCAGUGCGACCCCGGCGGGAUCGGCUGGGACGAGCGGACCUCCACCUCCAUCGGGGAAGCCGCACCAGAGCAAGCGUUCGGUAAAGAAACGGAAAGCCUCGGAACACGUGACGACCACGGAGUCACCUUCGAUGGCGGGUGCCGGUGGUACAGCGGGUGCUCUGGGCCCUGGUGGUGGUCCAGCUGGAACGGGCGGAACCGGAAAGCGACGAAACAAAAAGUCACUCCCGACGCAAAGCCCCGACGAUCACAAGUUGCCGCUGAAAAAGCGGCACUAUUUGCUGACUCCCGGCGAGAAGGGAAACAAUAGCGACAACAAUAGCGGAGUGGACGAAACGGGUGGUAGUGGAGUCGCGAGCGUGACCUCCGCAUCCGCCGCCGUCGCCGGAAGCCACACGGUGAUCAAUCCGUGUGCGUUUGGCAGUGGAGGCCGACUGUCGGCUGGCUCGGCAUCGGCAGCGGUCGGAUCGACGCUCUCUGGGACCGCAACGAAAGCCGUCACCCCGAAAAAGCGGCAUCUGUUGAAGUCUCCCGAACCGGGACCCGUUCCAGUCGAUGAACUCCACCUGCAGCAGAUUAAGUCGAGCGAUUCUCCGCUCACGAUCGUCAAUGGCUCGAUCGUGGGUCUGCUCGGUGAGCCCGGUAAGGCCGGAGGGUUACUGUUGAGCGAAGCCGCCAGCAUGACACCCGGAGCUUCCAUGGCCAGUGGCGGUGGCAAGAAAAAGCAUCACCGACAGCAGCAGCAGCAGCAGGAUGCUGGCCACCCGGCGGCGUCCUCAUCGAAAGAUCGUUCCGGUGGUGCUUCAGACCCUGCCGCUGGGACCGCUCACCAUCACCAUCAUCACCAUCACCACCAUCACCGUUCGACGCCGCCCUCGCGGCCCUCGGUCAUACAAUCGUCUUCCUCCAUUCUUCCAUCGUCCGGCAGUGGGCCGCCUCCGGGAGUGUUUGAACCGACCGUUGAUCUGGAGCUGGCCAUUCCACCGGCCGCCUCCAUCCCGUCGUUGAUUGCCAAGGUGGAAAUGCUCGAUUCACCGCGCCUAACCAAGGAAGGCACGACACCGGUCGGUAGUGCUUCGACCGGCACCAUUGCAACGAAGCUCGAAUCAGCCGACGAUCUGCUUGCCACCACCGUUGGCCAGCGGAAGGCAGGUCAACCCGGGGCCAGUGGCACUGCGGGCGGAUUGCUUGCCACCGUAACGGGGUCAGUUUCGGAGAAGGUACUCGAGAAGCUGCUCACCAAAACCGGUGCUCACCAUUUGCUGCUGAAGAAGAAGCGCAAGAAGCCCAACCGGACCGGAUUCCCGACGGUCAAGAAGAAGAAGAAGAAGCUUGGUGAAGGGGGAGGCGCGGCCCUCGAACUGGAUGGUAUGCUCGAGUUGAAGCCCGAACUCGGGCCGGAGUUGUUCGAUUCCUCGAACCUAACACGCCACGUACCCACCGAAGCGGAACGUUCUCGGAUGCGGGAGAAAGAGGCCUCCGGGGCGAAGGCGACGACCUGCGAGCGAGUUCCGAAGGCUGGUGAACCGACGGAUAGUUUCAUCGAACGGGCCGGCGUCGGACGACCGCGGCUAUCGGUGGUCAGCCUGGAGAAGCUUCAGGGCAAGCUGCCACUUGGUGGACGCGAGGUUGCAACGACGCCCCCGGCAACGGGUGGUGGCCGUGGCCGAAAGUCGAUCAAUCCGCUGGCUUCUGAGCAUCUGCAGUUGGCUCCGCACCACCAUCGAGGCUCGCUGGAGAGGCUAAGGAGGGACGACUCGUCGCCGAGUGGUCGGAAGGGUAAAUCGAAGGUCGGAGUGACCAAAUCCGUGUCCUCUGGUUCCGGUUCCGCGGUAGCCGAAAUAUCGAAAUCGAAGUCGAUCUCACGAUCUUCCUCCGUCAAUCAGCAGCAGCACCGUCUAUCGCCGGCUAAAGCUGGCGCAGUGACCGCAAGAGAGCGACUGGGAAAGGACGGACGUUGCCGAAGCAAGAGCGUAUCCGCGUCCGUCGUGGUGGCCUCCUCCGAGAGGCUUCCGAAUAUCGUCAAGCUGGGCGAAAGCCUCGCCAAAAGUGCCGCGAAAGAGAACAAGGAAAAUAAUAAGCUCUCGCCGGCAAGAUCGUCGUCGAUCGCCGUCGGGAAGAAAGCCUCCGUCAGGGAGCAGCAGGCCGCACGGCCCGUGUCCUCUGCUGCCGAGACUACGCUAGACAUAUCGCCGACGUCCGGAGUGAUCCGCCGAACGCGUAGUUCUUCGAUGGCGCUCGAUCCGGCAGAGAUCGGCAAGCUACCGCUGACUGGUGCAGUAGCAUCGGGCAGCGCUAGUGGAACGGUGGAGGAACAGGGAAGACAUCCGGUCACCGGACGCGGCACAGUAGCGGGACUCGCCGCUGGCCAUCACAAUGAGGAUUCGACGUCACUGGAUUCGAUGCCACUGCUGAAGCGGGUCCAUUCGCGUUCCAUCUCCCGGCUACAGUCCGUGAUCACACCGUCGUCCGAACCACCGCCAGUCAGUUCACCAAAAACUCCCGGACGACCCAGAGGACGGCCCCGGACCACUUCACCGAGUCAGGCACCCGCGACACCUCAAUCGCCCAAAUCCGUUGGCCAGGGCCGUGGUCGCCCUCGAACGAUCCCGCUCGCAAUCUCGAAUCUUGCCGCGGCCAAAGUCCCCGAUCGUGGUCUUUCUCCUGCACUCUCGUCCCCACCCGUAAGCCCCCGGACCAUUGCCGCUGGUACGCCAGGCCGGCCAGGAAAGAAACUACGACCAGACGGACGAAAGUCGGUUCCGGUGGUUGGCGAACCAAUCGAAAGCCCCCGGGCGGCCGGAAGCAGUGGCCGAAGCGCCACCAAAUCCGCCCUUCCAAUGACGAUGCCGUGUGCCGUGCUUCUGUCGUCCCGCUUGAAGCGUGGCAAGAGCGAUGAAACGUUGCGCGAGCAAAAGUUGGCCGAAAAACCGGGCAAAAAGUUGAAGAAAGCGGACACCGGCGGCAGUGGCCAGGAAUUGGUCGCGGUGCCCUCUGCGGAGACGACGAGCAACCAAACGACCCCUACGUCAGGGCACGCUACACGUGCCAACGAUAAACGUGGACUCAGCGCGGCACCGAUCGUGGAACCGAUCGAUCCGGAAGAAACGGCCCACGCCGUCCAGCCAGCGAGCAGCGUCGAAGAGCCGGAACACGAUCCACUGCCACCCGACGAGGGUCCGUCGGAUUUCUUUCGUCUCCUGGAAACUCCGUCACCAUCGGCCUCAUCAACAGAGGGGCGUGACGUGGCCACCGGUACCGGUUCCGGUGCUGGUGGUCUGCCAAAAGCAAAUCGGAAGCUACCGCGCAAAAAGUACAUCGCUGCGGGUCUGUUUUCCGAUUGCUACAAGGACGACGGUACCGGUGGUGGCGGUGCGGGGCCAAAGGUACCACCGGAAACACUCCUUCCACCGCCCGCCUACUGUGAGCGGUUCCUCCGGCGGACGGUGCGCGACUUUCAACUACCGUACGAUCUGUGGCUGUUGCAGGAGAACGGAAAACUCCCGGGACGGAGUGCGGUGCCGAGCUGGAACUAUCGGAAGAUUCGCACGAACGUGUACUACGACGUGAAGUCGAACCCGUCGACGGACAACCCGCAGUGCAACUGCCGGGCGGACAGUGGGUGCGGCGACGAUUGCCUCAAUCGGAUGGUGUACACCGAGUGCGUCCCGGAGCACUGCCCGUGCGGGGAUCGGUGCGAGAACACGAGCAUCCAGCGGCACGAGUACGCGCCGGGGCUGGAGCGGUUCAUGACGGAGGAGAAGGGCUGGGGCAUCCGGUCGAAGGAACCGAUCCGGAAGGGCACCUUCAUCAUGGAGUACCUCGGCGAGGUGGUGACGGAGAAGGAGUUCAAGGAGCGGAUGCGGUCGCUCUACCUGAACGAUACGCACCACUACUGCCUGAACCUGGACGGGGGCCUGGUGAUCGAUGGCCACCGGAUGGGGAGCGACUGUCGGUUCGUGAAUCACUCGUGCGCCCCGAACUGCGAGAUGCAAAAGUGGUCCGUGAACGGGCUGUUUCGGAUGGCGCUGUUCGCUGGGCGGGACAUUCACCCGUACGAGGAACUGUGCUACGAUUACAACUUUAGCCUGUUCAACCCUUCGGAGGGACAACCGUGCCGGUGUGGGUCCGAACAAUGUCGCGGCGUGAUCGGAGGGAAAUCGCAGCGCAUCAAACCAGUUCCGCUGCUGGCGUCGGGCUUGGGAAUGGCGGAGGGUGCAAACGGAGAAGCAGCACCGACGGGGGCCACCGCUCAGGGUGGAGAUGCUACGACCGGUGCCGGCAGUUCGUCCUCAGGGGGUGCACUGGUGGUAGAGUUGAGUCCCCGCAGUGCGGCACGAUCGCGUAAACGGCAAGCGAAAAAGAACCAACCCAUGGCGCACCUGAACGGAGCACCGAUCCCAACGUUUCAUCCACCGACGGCCAAGGAGCGCGGUCUUAUCGUCGAGCAUCACUGCUUCCUGUUGCGCAAUCUCAACAAAAUACGCAAGCAGAAAGAACGCACGGCGGCCCUGGCAUCGGCAGCGGCGACGGCAUCCGGCACCGGGACGAGCUCGUCCGCCAGUGGUCUGGUAUCGCCCGGUCAGGAGUUGGGUGGAACCGUCGCCGGUGACCAAGCGAACGGUGGCCCCGGGAAACCCUCGCUGGCAUCCCAAAUCUCUGCCCUGCGCUGUCCACGGAACAUUCGCACCCGAGGGCUGGCCUUUGUGGAGGACGAUCCGGAGCUGGAGAAGACGGCGCGGAUUGCGGUGGCACUGAAGGAGAUCUGCAUCGAGAUUGCCACGCUGAAGGAUGAGAAAGGACAUCCGUACAUUGCGAAGCUGCAGCUACCGUCGAAGAAGAAAACGCCCCUCUACUACGAGCGCAUCCCGAAGCCGAUCGAUCUCGGGCAGAUCGAGGCCAGCAUCGAGCAGGGUGCCUACCGGCUACCGAAGGCGUUCGAGGACGAUCUGCUGAUCAUGCUGAGCAACGCGAUCAAGUACUUUGGUAUCAGUUCACCGGAAGGUGUUGCCUCGGAGGCCCUCAAAUCGCACUACUACACCUGCAAGGCCCAACAGGUGCCAAAAUUGCAGGCAUACAUCGGCGAGGACAACGAACUGUUGCGUGGUUUCGUGCCGAAAAAGGAACCGGACGAGACGGUGCCGCCAAAGUCGAAGCGUGGCCGCCGCCAGGAGCAACCGGAGGACAUCAUACGCUGCAUCUGCGGGCUGUUCAAGGACGAGGGCCUGAUGAUCCAGUGCUCCAAGUGUCUGGUGUGGCAGCACAUCGAGUGCACGAAGGCGGACCCGAACGUGGACAACUAUCUGUGCGAACGGUGUGAACCUCGGACCGUUAACUACGAGAUCCCGUUGAACGAGUUCACGGAGGAGGGUUACCAGUACUACGUGUCGCUGAUGCGGGGCAGUUUGCAGAUCCGCCAAACGGACACGGUGUACGUGCUGCGGGACAUUCCGAUGGACCCGGAUCCGGCCGACGGGCCCGGGGCGCCCGUCCGGAAGCACACGUACGAAACGAUCGGCAAGAUCGAGUACAGCGAGUGCGACAUCUUUCGGGUGGAGAGCCUGUGGAAGGAUGGCGAGGGCCGGCGGUUCGUGUACGGGCACCACUAUCUGCGGCCGCACGAAACGUACCACGAGCCGACGCGCCGCUUCUACCCGAACGAGGUGAUGCGGGUGCCGCUGUACGAGGUCAUCCCGAUCGAGCUGGUCGUCGAUCGGUGCUGGGUGCUCGAUCCGGUCACCUUCUGCAAGGGCCGGCCGGUCGAUAGCGCCGAGCCGCACGUCUACAUCUGCGAGCUGCGCGUGGACAAGAGUGCGCGCCUGUUUUCGAAAAUCUCGCGCCACUCGCACCCGGUCUGCAUGAAGUCGUACGCGUUCCACAAGUUCGAACAGAAGCUCAAGAUUGCGAAAACGUUUGCGCCACAUGAUCUUGGUUCGUUGGCGCAUUUGCUGUCGAUCAGAGACAAGCAGAAGAAAGGCUCCAGAAAGGACGACGGUGGCACCGGUGGACAGACGGUUGUGGGGCUAGGUUCGGCAGGUGGCCACGGUAUCGGUGGUAAUGGCGGAGGAAGUCACUCCAUCGGUUCGAAGAAGAUGACACCGAUCGUGCAGCUGUUGCCACCACCGCCAAAGACCGAAUCGUACGCAGAGCGAUCCCUUGCGCCUCUGCUUCCGGAGGUUAAGGUGAAGUCUUCAAAAACACUGGCCGAGAAGCGCAACCGGCUGGAGCAGGUCCUGUCCCGUUUGAUGCAGAAGCUGGCGCUCAAUCCGGGCGCGGUGCCGGUGGUCGACAUAUCCUACCUGCUGACCGGGCGCGGUGCCCGGCUGCGACGGACCAACAACUCGACCCCGGUGCCGAUUAUUUGAGAGUGGGUUCGCAAGAGGAGGAAACGGCGUCGCAAAUGGAAGCGAUGCUACGAUUGAAUGCCGUCGCCGCAGCCGCAAAAACAUCCGUCCGUCGGUGUGGCGUUCGAUCGGUUUCACCCUCGCUGGAUCUGGAUCGUUGGGAGCCAACGAGCUCGAAAGCAUCUUGAGCAGCCAAAGGUGCAACUGCUACUACUAUGUCAUAUGUUGAAGAAGUCAACUUUUAAAGUCAUUCACUACUCUAGGCAGAGCAACUGAUGUAAAUGAAAAGAUUGUUUCAAUCCGUUUUUUUAUUGCUAUACGUAACAACACCUUAUAACGGAGUAAGGAUGUGCGCUAAACCAACACAUUUCGCAACCGAUGAUAUUGUACUUUAUUUAUUCUACUAGUAAUUUGACAUUAAACUUUUAUUUACACACGCUAAUACAAAUGAUAUUAUUACAAAUGAAGUUGCCCCGUGCAAAGUAGGCGCACAUAGGAUCAGAGUAGUCAGAGUAACAUUGGUUGAUUGUAACACAUGAACGAGAGUGUCAUUCGAGAUUCUAGUUUUGCGUUUAUUUGCGACUUCAGAAUGGACGAAGUGCUUACGGACGGACGCUCUCCGUAACUGCUUAAACUCCACUCCCGUGUAUCGUUGAUGUACCUUUGCGUGUUGGGACGUUAUAUGCCCUAUUUAUCGUUUUUAAGGUUUAGUUGUUAGACGUUUCUUUAUUCAAAAAUAAGCAGAUAAUAUGCAGUAAGCGUCAGUGCCGCCUCUUGGAAGCUUCGCCCAACGCGUUCGCGUUUAUCUCAAACCGCAAACUGCAAACCGCACUUGCGUGCCGUGCCCAACAGCCCAAAUGAAAAAAAAAACGAGGCCCCACGUUGUUAUUUAUUUAUACGCCUUUCAUGUGCUUUGUUUUUUGGUAGCUUUUUUAAAAACGAUAGAAUAAGAACACACCUAGGUAAGGCCACAUUGUGCGUUGGUGGUCUCGCUCGAUGAGUAGAGUGGGUAACGCCGAGGCACAAUAAUCUCGCGUUGAAGAUAUUUUUGAAACUAAACACGAAUUAACACACACACACAUACACGCAAACACCGGAAGGACUGCAAUACUUUAGGCUUUCGAAUCGAAUAGAUAGGACUGGCUGUAAACUAAGGCAUCAUUGUGUAAAGAGGCAGGAAGAGCGGAAGAGAGUAGGCGAUAAAUUAGAUUUUCACAAAAUUUGAAAAGUUUUACAUAUGAGCGAAAUGAUAGAAGAAAGUCUGUUGCAAGCAAUUAGAAGUUUAUUAAUUUAUAUCUAUGAUGAGCAGCUAUGCAUGCCCGAAACGGAGGGAAGCCAUUGGCCACAACAGUCGACAGCAUAACGCGGUUAAACAAACGCUUUAAUAGGGAUUUCGAAAUUGUUGUACAGGAAACAGAGAAGAGACCGACGAAAAGAGAAAGGAGCUCUCAGAACACUACUUCGUGUAAAGUUGAAGUUGGAACAAAACUUGUAUAUAAAAGUAUACAUAUGAAUGAGGGCAGUUUUAGUAUAUUCUCUUGUCUAUAUUAGAGAUUGACUACCGCGGAAGAAAUAAUGAGGCUUUCAUUGCGCGCGCGCCAUCUCGAGCUGCAAAAGCGAAAAGAGACACACAUUACUACGUUUGGUGCUAAUGGAGACGAAUGGAUUUGUACAUACACACGUGACAUUACAUU